AUGGUUGGGUCAUCAUCAAACCAGCGUAGUAGUAGUGAUGACUUCGUUGAUGAGAUCCCUCAUACGCGUUGUGUGGAACACGCAAUCAUUCAAAAAGGAAAGGGAAAGGAGUUGGUUACCCACGAACAUAUUUGUAAUCAUGAAUCGGACAACGAGCGUGACGAUCACAAGUCUGGUAGCGAUGAUGAAGGUGCGUUCCGGUCCGUGAAUACCAGAUCCACAACCGCCAUCUUUGUGAAGGUUGUGUCUGGUCUGUCCGAUGUGAAAAAACAGGCGGUGCUUGAGAUGGGGUUUGGUCACUUGUUGGACUUGAAGAUAACGUCACUGCCGCCGAAAAUGGGAUUUUAUCUAGUUGAGAAUUUCAACCACCUAGACCGUAAGUUGAGUCUUUAUGGUGGCGAAAAGAUACAUGUGAAUGAGGAUGACGUGUAUGCCGCGUUAGGAUUGCCUCGUGGAUCAAUACACGUAAUGAAUAAACAAAAAAGAGUCGAGUCGAGCAUUCUGAAUGAAUGGAUUGGUUUAUUCAAUGUCUGGAGAACAUCCAAUAUCACUGCAACUAAGAAUGGGAUGGUGAAUUUUCGUAUUGUCCAUCUACUCGAAGAUUUAUCUAAGGUCAUCGACAUGAACUGGUGCUCCUACAUGAUAAGUUGCCUUGUGAACUCAAAAAAGACAUGGGGCGGUAAUGCUAAGACGAAGAAAUACACGGGCCCUUUACUAUUUCUGACGCUAUUAUAUGUGGAUAAAGUAGUGUUGUCGAUCAGAACCGUUCCGAGAUUGUUCCCGACAUUUAGGGCAUGGAGCAAUGAACUACUAAUGGAUAGAGAGCACGCUGAGUUAGAUUCUGGGGCAUUUGGCAGAGGAUUUGUGGAUGUGAAUGUGAGUGUUUUUGACAGUUCCUGUCGUUAUGAUAAGUCGUGCAAAAUAUCCUCCAAGGACGACCCGACACGUGCAUCUGAAAAUUGUGUUCAAAUUACGGAUGAUGCAUUUUGGAACAAUCCAGACACGAUAGCAGCAAUAGAUGCGAUUAUCGACACUGUUGCACGUCGGGAUCAUUUCAGGCAAAUGCAACUAGAAGAUGUACCUAGCUUUAGCUUAGCUUAUUGUGUUACGAACAACAAUGUGGACGAUGCUGGUGCUGGUGUCGUACGGGAUGAUGUUGCAUCCGAUAAUCCUGACGACAUUGAAGUGCAUGGACGCGUGACAGACGUUCACUCAAAUCAUGGAGGUGAUGUCACUGAUGUAAAAAUGAGGCCAAAGAGGCUAACAAAGGCGUCUAGUAUAAUCAAGUCGCCAUUUAAGGAGAGAGUGAUCAAUGUUAAUAAGAAGUUAGAUGGACACGAGAAGAUGGUAAUUAAUUGGGUUUUGAUGAAUCAUUUGUCUUGCGAGUAA